AUGGCAGCCGUGAGCCGGCGGGCCCCGUUUAUUCCUUCUCGUGUGCCUCCAUCAGGCACGUCCGCUCCUUCUUCUGUGCGCCCUCGGGCCACAUCCACUCCUUUGGUGCGCCCUCGAGCCACAUCCGCCGAGGACAGAGCUCAGCGGGCUCAAGCUCUCUUGGAGGCUACCCUUAACAUUCCUUCAUCGGUGCCUUCUUCUUCUGUGCGCCCUCGGGUCACGUCCACUCGUUCUCAUGUGUCCCCAACAGGCACAUCCGCUCCCUCUUCUGUGCGCCCUCGGGCCACGUCCACUCCUUCUAGGCCAGGUGAUGCUCGUACCCACCUUCGGGCGAGACGGGAUACCGCCGAGGCCAGGGCUCAGCGGGCGGAGGCUCUCUUGGAGGCCACCCUUGCAUCAAACGCAGCUCAGACUGCGUUUCGUAAGGGCAAAUCCAAGAAGAUUGUCAGAUUCAAUGAGACCACCACAGUCUUUACUAUCGGGCAUCGGGACGGCAUCGUGCACCACCGAAGAACGACAGAGACGACGAAAAACCACCAUCUCGAUUCGCUUACGGUUACCAACGAGUGUCUAGCGGCCGGCAUCACGGACGGACGACAGAGAUAA